AUGUCCAUCCUCACAAUUUUGAUGCUCCUUCUUAUUUUUACAGCAACAGAAGCUCAAAGAAGAUCCUCCAACAUCACCUUAGGCUCUUCCAUCACUCCCUCCUCCAACUCCUCCUGGCUUUCCCCCUCCGGCGUCUACGCCUUCGGAUUCUUCCCCCAACAGGUCAAUGGCUACGCUGUCGGCAUCUUUCUUCCUGACAAAACCGUCGUCUGGACAGCAAAUAGGGACAACAAUCCAACCGUCCCUGACGACGUCGUCUCCCUGCUACUAUCUACCGACAGCAUGCUAAUAUUGCGCCGGAGGCAAGGCCCAGAUGUUGAGGUCAUCAACCCCUCCACAACCAUCGCGUCGGCAUCAAUGCUCGACAAUGGCAACUUUGUUCUCUAUGAUUCCGAGUCCAGAAUCAUCUGGCAGAGCUUUGACCACCCGACCAACACCCUCCUCCCCGGCCAGCGCCUCCUGCCGGGGAAUGAGCUCUUCUCCAGCGCCUCAGAGACCGACUACGGGAGAGGGAUUUUCAGGCUGAAGAUGCAGACCGAUGGAAACCUCGUGCAGUAUCCUAUCAACACACAAGACAUAUCAGCUUAUGCUUACUAUUCAACACGCACAUCCGGAGAAGGUGGCAACGUCUCUCUCAACCUCGACAGCGACGGCAGCCUUUAUCUUUUCAACGGUAGCUUGCCUCUGCAGACUCUAUCUGAUGGUGGAUUCCCUACGCAGGGGUCAAUCAAUUUCAUGAGGCUCGACGUCGGAGGAAUCUUCCGCAUCUACUCUCUCUCUCUCAGUGAUCUCACCAUGACCAGGAGAUGGACCUCCUUGAACGAUGAGUGUCUUCCCCAAGGUUUCUGCGGAGUGAACGCCUUCUGUACUCUGAUGGAUAAUGCACCGGAAUGUCGGUGUCUUCCCGGUUUUGUCUACGUUCAGUCCGGCAACAACACAGCUGGCUGUUCUAGAAACUUCCUAGCGCAGGGCUGUACCAAAAUUGACUAUAGAUUGAAAUACGAUAUGAGAAGAGUCGAAAACACCGAAUGGGAGGGUAACGCGUAUGAGGUUUUUCGUAUGAUGAGUGAAGAAGAGUGCAGCAAAGCAUGCCUCAAUGACUGCAACUGCGAAGCAGCUUUCUUUACAGGCAGCCAAUGCAGAAAACAGAGGCUUCCAUUAAGAUUCGGUAGAAGGACUACAGGAAGCUCAAACAUAGCUCUCAUUCGCGUCGGUACAACCAUGGAGCCCAACGUGGGAGGUAGUUCCAAUCAUAAAAGCAUUAUCAAGAAAGAGCGGCGUGUAGACAUCCUAAUCAUCGGCAUUGUGCUUAUGUCAAUAGGCGUCUUGGCCUUGUUAAUUUCUGUGAUCUUCGCUCACAAGAAGCGGAAGAGCUACAAUAAGAUCAGUAUCGAAGAUGGAGCUAACUUUGUGGAGGGCAUUUCGCUGAAAGUGUUCACAUUCGAACAUUUGUCCGAAGCAACAAAUGGCUUUAAGGAAGAGCUGGGGAGAGGAGCGUCCGGUACAGUGUUCAAAGGGUUUCUGCAGAAUGGCCAGAAAAUGGUGGCGGUGAAGAGGUUGGAGAAGGAAUUCGCACAAGGAGAGAUAGAGUUCCAGACAGAGCUGAAGACGAUUGGGAAGAUGUAUCACAAGAACCUAGUCCGGCUCCUAGGUUACUGCCUCGAAGGAGACCACAAACUGCUGGUGUUUGAGUACAUGAGCAACGGAUCCCUCGCUGACAUACUUUUCAAUAAAGAGAAACAGCCAAGCUGGGAGGAACGGAUGGAUAUCACUCGUAACAUAUCUAGAGGGAUAUUGUAUCUGCACGAAGAGUGCGAGACGCAGAUAAUUCACUGCGAUAUAAAGCCUCAGAACAUACUCAUGGACGGGAACUGGUGCGCUAAGAUAUCGGAUUUUGGGCUGGCGAAGCUCUUAAAACAAGAUCAGACUAAUACGUAUACAGGGAUAAGAGGCACUAAGGGCUAUGUUGCACCAGAGUGGUUCCAAAAGCAGGCGAUCACGGUGAAAGCAGAUGUAUAUAGCUUUGGAGUGAUGCUGUUGGAGAUCAUAUGCUGUAGGAAGUGUGUUGAUUGGAGCAGAAGUGAGGAUGAGGCGAUUCUUGAGGAAUGGGUUUACGACUGUUAUGCAACGGGGAAGAUUGGGAGUAUGGUGGGAGAUGAGAUGGUGGAGGAGAGGAAAGUGGAGAGGAUGGUGAAGAUAGGGAUAUGGUGUGUGCAAUAUGAUCCGUCGUUGCGUCCAACAAUGAAGAAAGUUCUGCUAAUGUUGGAGGGAACUGUCGAGAUUCCCAUACCUCCAAAUCCUUCUUCUUUCUUAAGUUCAGUCUAGCUUGAUUUGCUGUACGAGUGUGCUCCA